AUGAGCUGCAUCUCCAAACUUGCUGCGGUGCCGGCGGCCGCCCCGGGCCUGGCGCAUGCGCGGUGCCGGCAGCCAGGAGCACUAGUCGGAGGUACGCGAGCCGGGCGGAGGCUGCAGGAUGUGGGCAUCACUGGCCAGACCUGCAUUUAUUGUCCAUCCCUGGAGUCACAUGUAGGCCAGAUCAGGACCUUACUGACCAGUAGCAGAAAUGUCACAGUUAAAGUUGUGCUUGCGAGCAGUAUUAGAAGUCCAGAAGAAAGCCUGCCUAUAGGAUCUAAAUCUCAGAUGGCAAGCAGAAGGCAAGAAAUGGAUAGGACGCAAAGGAAAGAAAAUACAGACCAUCGCGAAUGCAGGCGUGUUGAAUUUGAAAAAUUUGAUCCAGCCAACCCAGAUUCUAAAAUCGAAGCUCUGAUCUCAUCUGCCGUGUCACCGAACAACAAUAGCUUUUUUGAAAAUAUGUCAUCAUUGUACACUGUCCCGGAACAUAGACACCAUGUAAAGUGUGAAAGUUCUAAAGCUGGGAUUCUGAAACACAACAGCCAGAAUGAAGAGGAAAUAAAUGCUGGACUGCUUUUAACUGAAACUACAUGUAAAAAAUACGCUUUGAGGAAAAAACCAAUGAUUCAGUAUAAUCGAGAAAAUAGUUUGGAACAAAUCGAGUUUGAAAAAUACUGCAAGAGCCUUUCCAUUCCUUCAGCAUCUGCAGAAGCGUAUCAAGAUUAUGGAGCAGUCUCUCGUUUGCCUCUUAAAAGGACACUUUUAAAUAAGAACCCAAAAACUAAAUGCAAAGGCAGUCGGAAGAUGUUAGUUAAAAUAGCAAAAAUCAAUACUCAGAAGUACCAGAUGUACACAGAAAGAAAAACAAAAAUGUGCCAAAAGCUUUUACUGCACAAUAACGUGAGUGCAGGAGUCAAAACACAUCACGUUACUCUGCCAGAGCAAAGCACAGCUGCGUUACCAACAGUGAAGAAAGGGAGGAGAAGCAAGGUGAUGGUGUUACCGACAAGCGACAUUCCUGUCGUCAUCAAAAGGAAAAGAGGUAGGCCAAGGAAAGUAUUACCUGAAGGUAGCAGUGAAGCUACCAAUCAUGUGAAGAGAAAGCCCAGGCAUCACAAACUUUCUCCACCGCAACCUACUUAUAUUGCUGGAUCCAAUGACAACACAACAGACUAUGCAGAUGUUUUGUCCAAACUGGCUUUUCUAACUAAACAGAGUCUGAUCCUGGGUCGAUGCUCACCACCCAGGUGUUGGUCUCCUAGUGAUCCGGGAUCAUUUCAGAGAUCAGCUUCUAUGCAUCAGGACAUGUCUCAGUUUUACCGUACGUUGGCAGGUACUCGAAGGAGAGGUGGAAAAGCAGGGUGUUCACGAGGAAGGCAACUGGGGCAAUUUGCAGAAUCAUCUUCUACUUUCAGUGAUUUCUUUGAGGGCAUUGGAAAGAGAAAGCGGAUAUUCUUGGGUGAAACCAAGCUGUAUGCCAGAAAAUGCAAAUGGGGCACAGAAAUGAAGGAGAAGCCUGUUCAAAGGAGGAAACCAUAUAAGCGUGCACUACCAUUUCCAGAACAUGGAAUUUUUCGGAAUAUGAAUGCUGAAAAUUCAGAAUGGGCAAGACAAAAUGAAAACUUCUGGCCUGUGAGCCAAGGUUAUCCUUCGAAGCAACCAAUCAGAAAUGGUUUGUAUCCAUCUUACCCUGGUAUGUCUACACAAUCAUUUCCCAAUACUAUUUGGGAGUCCGGUUCUAUGUCAAGGAAUGGCUAUUUGAUGGGUUGUUUAUCCUCCAACCAAAGCAGUGUCGCUCAACAAAGUCCAGGCUGCAUUGCUGGCUAUUUCCGGUCCUUACUUGAUUCAGAUGAUUCGUCAGACUUGAUGGAUUUAUCAUUUUCGCAGACUGGGCAAGAAUCGUGUAAUCUGAGUGGAAGCUUUGGUGUCAGCAAUUCAGCACAGCCAUCAAGACACUUAACUCAUUACCAGGAAGGAUUUGAUAAAACUAAUUCUCCUAGUUGCAUUGGCAGCCAGCAACAUACAAAUCAAACAGGACAGACUUAUCCACAAAUGAUUGCAGACAAUUCAGAUAGUGUUGAUUUCGGCUCCUCGUAUCAUCGUUCUGAUUCAGAAACUUUCCAAAGAGUUGCUGCUCAGCCACCUCUUUCGAGACCGACUGGACUCUCUUGCCAACAGACUGCAGAUAGCUUUGUUCAGUAUAGUAACUACAGACCGAAAGCUCAAAGUUUCAGUAAUUCAGAUGUGCUGCCACAACCCCGAGAGUAUUCUGGUCUUGACUUUCUUGGUAACAGAGAUUGCACGUUUGGCUAUGAUACAAGCAAUAAUGUUACUUCUUCACAAGCCAAUUCAACUGAGACAUACAGUCAUCAUGUAAUUGGAUCAAAUCUACAUUUUAAUAAGACGUCUUCAUUUAACGCUUUUAAACCAGAUCACAGUCCUCUGACUUUACAAACGUCUUUAACUCCUGAGAAUCAAUCUGAUGCAGCCUGUUCCAUGGACCACGCAUCUCAGAAAUAUUUAAAUUCAUUGCAGUUAUCAGCUGAUACCUCCAGGAUGGCGUUUUCCAGAGGUCUUCAACUGAGCUGCAAAUCCAGUUUUAAUCUUUGCGAUGGGAAUAUGGCGUAUUUUAAUCACCAUUACACACCAGUAUUGGAUUACAACCUGAAUGAGUCAAAAGACAUCUUGGAUAUUUCAAACUAUACACCCCAGAAAGUAAAGCUAAGGUCCUUUCCAGAGACUUACAGUGAAUCCUCAUCCCACUUCAACACAUCUUUUGAGAAUUCUGAAGGAGGUGUGAACAUUUGUGGUAAUAUGGCAAGUGAAGAGAAAUCUAGUCUGUCAAGUCUAGAAAAAUUGAUGAUGGACUGGGACGAAACAGUACCUGUUGAAAGAUCUGGACCGAAAGUUGGUUCCAAACGUCAGUGGAACCAUCAUGUCCCAUUCCCCACUGAUUCAAGAGCUGUGUAUGGAAGACGGAAACGAGUUGAUAUGUCCAACCCUUCUCAGUUGGUUUUUCCAGCUUCACCCUCAUUUCCUUCUAGAAAAGGUGCAUUACCAAGACAGAUGAGGAACACCCGGGGACUUUGUGCUUCAAAUAAGAGAGAACAAUUUAUUCGCAAAUCAAAGCUGUUACAGAGAACUCAAGGAACCAAUCCUAUAUUCUCUGAAAGUGUGGACUGUGCUUUAGAUUAUGGCUACAGUCCAGAUAGCAGUAUGCCCCCAACACUUUCUAACACCCAAAACUUUCAAGUUCAAAAAAAUGAUCAGAAAGAAUAUUGUAGCUUAUACUCUUCAGGCUGUUCGACACCAAUGCCUGAUGAAAAUUAUUCCCCAAUAUUUUCCGGUAAUGAUGUUCAAGAGACUCUGUAUUCAGACCUAAAGCAGUCUACAUUAGAAACCGAACCAUUUCAAAGCCCUCACCAGCAGCUAUCUGCCCAAGCACUGCAACAUUCAAUCAACCCUGAUCAUGAAGGGCUUCUGUCUGAGAACCAAGAUUUUUUUAGUUUGCGCACCCCUGGGUAUGUGGACAAUCUAGAGUCAAGUGAAGGGAAAAAACAUCCAGCUUUUUACGAUGCAUUGGAAAGCAGCUCAGGAACAAAUGUGGCUCCAAGGACAACACCGGCCAACAGAGAUUUAUCAGUGUCACAGCUCCAGUUUGAAUCUGAUAAUCCACCUCUGGAAACGAGCACCAGAUAUUUGCAGAAUUCUACCAGCUGCAGUUCAUUAGUUGAGAACAAGAAAGAAGCUGACAUGUCCCUGUUUGUAAUGCAGGGAAGACAUAAUCCACCCAGUUCUGCGCCCCAAAUGAUCCCUCUAAAUAUGGUAGCACAAAUGGACAAAGAAACACAGAAGAUGGCGAUAGAUUACAGCAGUUCGGUAUAUGCUAAUGCGAUGUUAUCUACAGCAAAUGCUUCGCCUGCAUCAAGUGAUUCUUCUAUUCAUGUGGACAAUACCUACGCAGACAAACAAGGGAACCGUAGACAGGCACCAAUGGGCUUACUACUGGACCAAAAUCAAGAUGAGGUGUACACAGGAAAUGCUUCACAGUGACUUCUGAUGACAUUGCAAAACAUUCAGUGCAAUUAGGAUGAUUGGAUCAAGGGUUUUGUGGAGCAAUUAGGAACGCACAUAGUCUGCAUGAAUUCAUUGGAGAGUUUUGUUGUGAACUGACUUAUUCAGGAAAACUGCAUUUCGGCUUUAAAGAGUAAUAUUAAGAUGGACUCCUGCAGAGACAAUCACAAAGAGUUGUGGGAAGGUGAGCAGAAGGAUGCAGACAGAGGAAUUGCACUUUGAAAACUGCAGUGAAGAAGCUGUUGCUAUAUUCACAUUUGAAAAAAAAUAUGAAAAACUGGCUGCAAAAUGCUGACUCUUCUCUCAUACACAAUCCAUCUUUUAGACAGCGACAAAAAUGAGGUUCUAGGAUGCACUUACUCAGCUGAUGCAUUUCCCAGGAACGCAACUGCAGAGUUAAAUGAGGAAUUGCUGUUCUGUUCCAACAUUCAAUCCACUCCAGCUUCUGGCAAGAGGAAUAGAAAAUUCAACAGUACAAGUUGGUCUCUGGGUUAUAACAAUUUUUUUUGGAUUUAAAGUUCUUGGAGAUGCUGUCACCCAUUGGCUUGGUUACAUGUUGUGUGGAUACUGCUGCAAAGUUUACCCCUAUCUCAACCAGAUAUACCAUCAUUUCAUCAAGGAACAUCAAUAUGGAAUGUUUGGACAGCCUCUUAAAAGGAGUAAAGGUACGUUAAUUGGCAGAUAUGAGAGAAAUCUCUAUGUGAAAACACUGGCUCACCAAGAAAAGAUGGCUAAAUGAUUUUCUGUGUUUGUACUUGCUGAAUUCUGUUUGAUAAAAGAAUUGCCUUUUCCAGCAAUAGAAAUCAUACCUUGGAUUGGAAAAUACAUUUCACGGGAAGCCCAUAUAAUAAAAAGAUUAGU